UAGAGGCAUACUCUAGGCAUUCGUGAGUGUGGUGGUGCUCAUGGGUUGUCGAUCUGGGACGGAUGAGUAGGCUGGGGGGAUCAGAGUAUCACUACAAAAAAUAGACUACACCACUGCCGACACGUUACGGUACACGCACUGUUAAGCCACGGUCCUCCUAUAAUUUCCUCUGCGUGCAGGUGUUUGACUCUACGCCCCGCCCACAGCUGAUGCUGCCGCUGACCGUCAAACGGACAGCCAAAUAUUUUAAUCUGUGAUCCAUUGCGGAUUGGGGUAAAAUGUCGUUGUUGUAAACUUCAACCGUUCGCUUUUGUUUCCUUCCCUUUCAUUUGACAGUUUAGCUCCGACUGUUUGCGCAAUCUCUCCUUCCGCUUUCUAGACACUCGGAGCUUUACAAACGCUCCGGCAGCGUAAAAGGACGAAUCCAAAGGUUACGCUAACGGAGCUACCGCGUAAAAUCAUCUGCAGUCGCGUAGAUUCACAUUGCCAUGACAGACUCUGGCGGGGAUGCGAAGGUGGAGGUGAAACAGGCCAGUAAAGAGUUUAAAGAGAGCGAAAACGUUGCCGAGAAAUACUCCGCGAUCACGGGCACCAAGAACGACGUGAACAUGAACGUCGGCGAACUGCCCGCCGCAUUCACUGCGGUCCCGACUCACAAAUCUGUCAAGAAGCAGAUUCAGUUUGCCAACCAAGAGGAAAAACAGGAGUUCAGCAAGUUCCCUACGAAGACCGGGCGACGUUCUUUGUCUCGCUCGAUCUCUCAGUCCUCUACAGACAGCUACAGCUCAGCUGCCUCAUACACGGACAGUUCAGAUGACGAGACGUCUCCCCGUGAAAAGAGCCAGGUCAACUCGAAGGGCAGCAGUGACUUCUGCGUCAAGAACAUAAAGCAGGCCGAGUUUGGCCGGCGGGAGAUUGAGAUCGCAGAGCAAGAUAUGUCUGCACUCAUUUCCCUACGCAAGAGAGCCCAGGGGGAGAAACCACUCGCUGGGGCUAAAGUGGUCGGCUGCACUCACAUCACCGCACAAACCGCAGUCCUAAUCGAGACACUAGUGGCUCUGGGCGCUCAGUGUCGCUGGACUGCAUGUAACAUUUACUCCACCCAGAAUGAAGUGGCAGCAGCUUUGGCCGAGAGCGGCGUGACGGUUUUUGCCUGGAAGGGAGAAUCAGAAGAUGACUUCUGGUGGUGCAUCGACCGCUGUGUGAACACGGAGGGCUGGCAGGCAAACAUGAUCCUGGAUGAUGGGGGAGAUCUGACCCACUGGGUGUAUAAGAAGUACCCCAGUGUGUUUAAGAAAGUGCGGGGGAUCGUGGAGGAGAGUGUCACAGGCGUACACAGGCUGUACCAGCUCUCCAAAGCCGGCAAGCUUUGCGUCCCUGCUAUGAAUGUCAAUGACUCUGUGACCAAGCAGAAGUUUGAUAAUCUGUACUGCUGCAGAGAGUCCAUCCUGGAUGGUCUGAAGAGAACGACAGAUGUGAUGUUUGGUGGGAAGCAGGUGGUGGUCUGUGGUUAUGGAGAGGUGGGAAAGGGUUGUUGUUCUGCCCUGAAAGCGCUUGGAGCCAUAGUGUGUGUGACAGAGAUCGAUCCUAUUUGUGCUCUUCAGGCUUGCAUGGACGGCUUCAGAGUGUUGAAGCUAAAUGAGGUGGUGCGCCAAAUGGACAUGGUUAUCACCUGCACAGGGAACAAAAAUGUUGUCACCAGGGAACACUUGGAUCGAAUGAAGAAUGGAUGUAUUGUCUGUAACAUGGGCCAUUCCAACACUGAGAUUGAUGUGGCGAGUCUGCGGACUCCAGAGCUCACCUGGGAGAGGGUGCGCUCGCAGGUCGACCACGUCAUCUGGCCUGAUGGGAAACGAGUCAUUUUACUGGCGGAGGGUCGGCUAUUGAAUCUGAGCUGCUCGACGGUACCCUCAUUUGUGCUGUCAAUCACAGCCACAACUCAGGCUUUAGCCCUGAUAGAACUGUAUAAUGCACCAGAAGGUCGCUACAAACAGGAUGUGUACCUGCUGCCUAAGAAAAUGGAUGAAUAUGUGGCCAGCUUGCAUCUUCCCAACUUUGAUGCUCACCUAACAGAACUGUCAGACGAACAGGCCAAAUAUAUGGGCCUCAACAAGAACGGACCAUUCAAACCAAAUUACUACAGAUAUUAGUGUGACUGGAUCAAUUCAGCCUUCAUCACAGAUGGACCUGCAUUAACCAGUGAAUAGAGAAAUUUAUUUUCUAUUAAUAUUCAUCAUUUCGUAAAGUGAAACUUGAUUUUACUGAAUGUUACUCUUAUUUAAUAGUGUUACCUACAUCCGGUGACGAAAUAUGCUCAUGUCACUAUUAGACUUAUGUGCGUCGUUAGAAUUUAUGUAUUAUAACAUUUGUUGUAAAUCAUCUUUUAACCUAAAUAUGAAAGGACCAUUGUCUAUGGCUUUAAAUAUGUGCCAAAUAUUGGUCAUAGUUACUGAUCUUAUAGGAUAAAUAAUAAUUGUUAUGUUACGUUUUUACAUGGUUAUUCCGUUCACCCACUAUAACGAC